CAUCGCUUCUUCACCCGGGCAACGGCAACCACCUUACAACUGACUCACAACAGGUCGUGAAAGAACCACGUCCCGCGAUGACACAAUUUCCAACAAGUAAGCCAUCAAUACCGACUCAGUCAAUUUUUUCUCUUUCGAUUCUUUAAAACAUUUCUGCAGCCUGGCAAACAGAGACAAAAACAAAAAUGUCAGCCAUCCUCCCCUCGAUCGAGCUCACGCUCAUCCUCGCCGCCACGCGCGACAUGGGCAUCGGCCUCAACGGCGGCCUCCCUUGGAAUGGUCUCAAGAAGGAAAUGGUCUAUUUCGCUCGCGUGACCAAGAGGUUGCCCAGUCAGCUCACCGGCACCAAAGCCCUCAACGCCGUCAUAAUGGGGCGCAAAACCUGGGACUCCAUCCCGCCCAAGUUCCGCCCCUUGAAAGGCCGUCUGAACAUCGUCAUCAGCCGCUCUGUCACAUCUCCCCCUUCCCCUUCGGAUAAGUUAGAAACCGAGGAAGGGCCGGUGAUGGCUUCUUCCCUGGAGCAAGCUGUUGAGUAUCUUCGUGCUUGCCAGCAGCAGCAGCAGCAGCAGCAGCAGGAAGAAAGCCAACAAAAAGUUGGUAAGGUGUUUGUCAUUGGCGGCGGACAAAUCUACCGCGCGGCGCUGGAACUGGCGGAAGCGAAGGAUGUGACGAAGAGGAUUUUGUUGACGAGGGUGUUGAGUCCCGAGUUUGAGUGUGACACGUUUUUUCCUUUGGAGUUGAAGGAAGAUGCAGCGGGAUCGGAAUGGGCGAGGAAGAGCAAGGAGGAGUUGGAUGAGUUUGUGGGAGAGGAGGUGCCGGCUGGUGUGCAGGUUGAGAAUGGGACGGAGUAUGAGUUUCAGAUGUGGGAGAGGAGGUAGAUGGGGUGGAGGGAGUUGAAGGGGGGGGUUUGUGGGAAAGGAACAGACGAGCGAGUUA